GUGAGUUUAUUAGUUCUUGUCAGAAAGUGAUAUCCUCUAGAAUGGAGAGCACAAAAUUGGUUAUUGAAGCUGCUCGAGAGGGAGAUACUGAGAUACUAAACAAACUGCUUCAAGAAAAUCCAUCCCUUCUUGAUGAUGUUGCAUUUGGUAAUCCUCCGGAGUCUGUUCUACAUGUUGCAAUUAAAGGUGGACAUGUUAGAUUUGUGAUUGAGCUUAUAAAGCACAACAAGAAGCUGGCUAGAGAAUUUGACAGAGGUGGUUUUCGGCCUCUAGAUGUAGCUGCAAUCAUGGGGGACGUCGAAAUGGUGAAACAAAUUCUGAGGUUGGAUCCUGGAUUAUGUCUUCUCAAAGGAAAAGGCCAAAGAACAGCUCUCCACUAUGCUGCUAGUAAAGGGAAAGUUGAGGUUAUAGAUGAAUUACUUUCCACCCGCCCUGAUUGCCUUAAAGAUGUCACAUUUAGUCAGGAAACUGCACUUCACCUGGCUCUAAAAUGCUACCAAUUUGAAGCAUUUAAAGUUUUAGUCAAGUGGCUUGAGAUUAACAAACUGCAAUCAAUCAUAAAUUGGCCUGAUUUCAAUGGAAACACUGUUUUGCAUAUUGCUGCUUCAACGAAGCAACACGAGUCCAUAGAAUUGCUACUCCUCUGCAAAGGCAUCUGUGCAACCAUCAAGGUGAAUGCCAAGAACUUUAAGGGUGUGACAGCUGCUGAUAUUCUUGAUAUUGUGAUGGAAAGACCCGAUGAUUUUCAUUCAAGACAAUUGAUCUUACAACAUGCAGGUGAGAAUCAUUCAAUAAGUUCUGUUUCUCAGGCCAAACAUCAACAAAAUAUAGCUGAUCAUCAGUCACAACCAUCGAAGGACUGGUUCAACUACUUCAAAUUCCAGAUUCAAAGAGAAUCCCCAAGCGAUACGCGCAAUGUACUAUUAGUAGUUGCUGCCCUGAUAGCUACAGUAACCUUUCAGGCGGGGAUAACCCCUCCAUCCAGCAUCUCAGAUAUGUCUAACCAGCCAAAUGAUCAGAAUCAAGCUGGUCCGCCACCAGCAUCUAUUUUACCUCCGUUCAGACAGCGUAAUCCUGUAGCUGUUUCUGGUAUUGCGGCGGCCUCCGCAAUCUUUGGCUCACAUGCUACUUCAUACUUAUUCUUGUUUUCGAAUUCCUUGGGCCUCGCAGCAUCGCUAAGCAUCAUAAUUUAUCUCACCAGAGGAUUUCCAUUCCAAAGAGAGCUUCUGAUAUGUGUAUUUGCUAUGGUGUUUAGUUAUGGCUUUUCAGCAAGUGGUAUUCUCAAAGGACAGAAACAGGAAAAAGAGAUGGCAGGCUAUAUCCUUCUAACAGUUGCCUUCUUGUUACCAUUUCUAAUCCGAUGGCUACCAACCUGGGGUAAAAUGGCUUGGAAGAAAUGUGCUAGAAGAAGAUUUUUCAAAGUAAACAUCUUGCCUGUUGACAAUUGAUGCGAUUGCUAUGACAAUUCUUUACAAAAAAAAUACAAGAUUGACUUGUGUAGGUGUGUUACCGUAAAGCUCCAUAAAUUUAAAAAUUAAGUGUGUCAAAUAA